GUGAUCCUGGAGAGGAGACCGGUAAAGGGAUAAAGGGACACAAUGAGUCAGCGCUCUGAGCGACGAGGGAUCCAUGUGGACCAAUCGGAACUUCUGUGCAAGAAAGGCUGCGGUUACUAUGGAAACGCUGCCUGGCAGGGCCUGUGCUCCAAGUGCUGGAGAGAGGAGUACCAGAAGGCCCGGCAGAGACAGAUCCAGGAGGACUGGGCCCUUGCCGAGAAGCUGCAGAGGGAAGAGGAGGCGGCCUAUGUCAGCAUUCACGGUUCCUCUCAGACCCAGCCUCCACAAUCCCAAUCUCAGCACUCUCUCGCCACCUUCUCCAAGUUUGAAGAGAAGAAAACCAAUGAGAAGACCCGCAAGGUCACCACUGUGAAGAAGUUUUUCAGCCCUUCCUCCCGCACUGCUCCUAAGAAAGUCCCCCUCGAAAAAGAAAAUGAGAAAGAGGAGAAGUUGCAGAGCAGGAGGGAGAGCCAUGGAGAGACCCUCCUUAGGGAUCUGAAGGGCAUUUUCACCCAACCUUGGGAGAUGGGCUCCCCCACUGAAGCUCUGGUUUCGAGGUUUCGAGAGAGCCACGAGGCAAAGACACCCAGUCCCUCCAUCACCCGUCAGUCCAGCAUUGAGACCGAUCGUGUGUCACGAGACUUUGGGGAGUUUCUUAAGACCUUACAGAAGCCUGGCAGAGAGAUCCAAAAGCAGAGCCGUGCUUUCAUAGAGAGCAUGGGAAGUAAAAAGGAUCUCGGUGCAGAGGAACUGUCUGAAUGUGUGCAGGAUUUUUACCAAAACAUGUCUGACCGACUAUUGAAUCAUUUUAAAGGCUCCUCUGAGAAGGUGGACAGGGUAAUGGACCAGGUGGAAAAAUACAUCAUGACUCGUCUCUACAAAAGUGUCUUUUGUCCCGAGACCUCAGAUGAUGAGAAAAAAGACCUGACCACCCAGCACCGAAUUCGGGCCUUACACUGGGUGACCAUUCAGAUGCUGUGUGUUCCUGUGGAUGAGGAGAUCACAGAGGUGUCUGAUAGUGUAGUCAAAGCCAUCACUGAUAUCAUUGAGAUGGAUUCGAAGCGUGUGCCGAGGGAUAAAUUGGCCUGCAUCACCAGUUGCAGUAAGCAUAUCUUUAAUGCUAUCAUGGUCACUAAGAAUGAACCAGCCUCUGCAGAUGACUUCCUACCCACCCUUAUCUAUAUCGUGUUGAAGGCCAACCCACCUCGGCUGCAGUCAAACAUCCAGUACAUCACACGCUUCUGUAACCCCUCAAGACUCAUGACGGGAGAGGAUGGAUACUACUUUACCAACCUGUGCUGUGCUGUGGCCUUCAUUGAGAAGCUGGAUGCCCAGUCAUUGAAUCUUAGCCCUGAGGAAUUUGAGCGCUACAUGUCCGGUCAGGCUUCUCCUCGAAGACAAGACGAUCCUGCCUGGCCUCAGACUGGCUCCCGUAUCAACCCAGCUCUUAGCCAGAUCCAUCACAAUCUUAGUGUCCUAUCCAACCUUGAGAAAAGACAGCAGCAGGUGAUAGAGGGAGCCCAGAGCCUGCAGACUGAACUGGCAGAAUGGCAAGACAGCGUGGCCCGAGAGGUGCAGGAAAUCCUGGAGAGAUUCCCAUUGGAGAUCAAACCACGAGCAUCCGCCAUAGAUGCAGAGAACGUGGAGAAUGAUAGGCUACCACCUCCCCUUCAACCACAAGUGUUUGCUGGUUAGCAAACUAACCUAGUUCUGCUGUUGCUAGAGUGAACAACCCAGAGACAUGGUUGUAUCGAGACAAGCAAAGCAUAUUUUUAAAUGAAAUGGCUGCUUUCAUCCAAGAUCUUUCUUUUCUACUGUAUAUGUGAUAAAACUGGUUUUACCAUUCCAUUUUCUCUCUGAAAGGUAUAUAUUACAAACAAUUAUAAUAAUGUGGUAAAUGGGACACAAAAGAGAUGUUAGGUAGAAGGUUAGGUGCUAGCAGCCUCAGUCACCUUUACCUUUCAUUGCCUGGACAAAAAGAUGCAUUUAAAGUGAAUGGUGACUGAGGCUGCAUUGCCUACCAUCUCCUUUUGUGUUCAAUGAAAGAAUUAAAGACAUAUGGGUUUGGAACAACACGGUAUUGUGUAAAUGGUGACAGAAUUUUUAUUUUUAGGGUAACUCCCUUGAUUGUUUGCACAUUUGGUCACCAUGUUCUUGUAGGACGAUGUUAGUGCAGCUGAUUCAGACAGGUGGGCUAUUUGUGAAAAAUAAAAAAGCUUUUCUGACCUGGCUUUAGUUGAUCUGGCACUAAUUUGGUCAAACUUAUUAUGUGUUAGCUUUUUUAAUUAAAACCAUUAUAGCUGCUUAAAUGUCCUCUUAAUAUGAUUGAAGUUUUUAAAAUGUGAUCAUGCAUCUUUUGCAAUGUAUAUAAGUCUUAUUCACUGUAAGGUGUUUCAUUCAUAUACCUUGGUGAGAUGUUCUGAAGGUUUAUGUGUAUAUAAAAUGUUUUGCUGCUCAUACUGUAUAUUAAGUUGAACCCCUGAAUUUGUACCUAGCUUUUAUGUGAAUGCUUGAUCUGUGUAAAGUGCUACUCGUCUUUACUUAUGAUAACUUUACUUAUGAUAACAAAAGAUGGUCAUCACACAUCGAAUCAGCUUUACAGUGGUGCAAACACUCGUUGCACAGGUAGUUGUUUGCCGAACAAAAUGCAUUAGUGACAUGGAUUAAUCUACAUGUUUUUUUUUAGCUUAAAAUUAAUGUGCAAUUCUACAAUAGUGGCCACAGCUGUAUGUAUUGAAAAAAACCCACUCCACUAGCCAAGAUGGAAAUUACUUUAAUAUGUUGAACCACAGCUGUUAGUAUUACUUGAUGUUGUGCGCUUAACAGAAGUUCGAUGUAAAUGUGAUCUGGUUUUAUUUUUAAUUAUGCUCCAACUGGAGCUGUAACUGUAACAGGUACUUAGCACAACACUGUUUUUGUGUGGAAGUAAAAGGUUUCAUUCACUGUGUAGUGUGAUAUUUUAACCAAACUGCUUUAUUUAUGAUGUAAAUAUAACAUAAUUGAA